GUGCCUAAUUUGCAAAAUGCAGCAGUGACCGCUCCUGGGUUUGCGUUUGGUGGUAUAAAUCCUUUCGGUGCUGGACAGGUUUCGUUUCAGAGUGGGCUUUCACAGAGUCUGCUUCCAGAAUCAGGAAAUUUGAAACAGGGUG